UUCAUUUUAGUCCUUUAUUCACCCUACCUCAAUUUGUAUCGUUAUCACUUCUCCAAGGCCCAAAGCCUCUCUUCUCUCCUCUCAUUGGAAAAAUUGAGGCAUCUCCAAUCUCCAUGACCCUCUUUCUCUCCCACGCUUUUCCUUCACAUCAUCUCACUCGUUCUUCUUCUCUCAGUCUCGUUAAUUGCUCUUUCAAAUCCAGAGCACCCACCAAUGCAGAAAUCCCAGCAAGAGACCGAGUCAUAGACUUCGGAAAACACAAGGGAAAAAUGUUGGGAACCCUCCCUUCAACCUACCUCAAAUGGGUCUCCGACAACCUCCGAGCCCGCGACUUCGAGGGUUGGGCAAAGCUUGCCGACCAAGUCCUCCAAGACCCAGUUUACAAAGAUCGGAUCGAGUGGGAGUUUGCUGAGAAUCUAUUGAGCGGUAACAAUAAUAUAAUUACUUCUAUGAGAAAUGAGAGCGCAGUUUCAGAGCUGUUGGAAAUAAGUGAAAGGUUUGGUUGGGAUAACAGAGAUAAGGUGGGUUGGAGCAGAGUGAGUUUUGAGCUUCUGGGUACCUCUAAUGGCGGUAGAAUUCCAAGAGUAAGCAAAAAUGGUGGAAAGGAUAGAGAUUUGGGUGUGAAUAAGAGGGAAAAGGUUGAGGAUUUAUCGAAAGGUCAAGAGAGGAGGAGGGAGAGAAGAGAGAGAGUGAAGAUGAAGACAGAAGGGAAGAAGGAGAGCAAGGUAGGUGUUCGAGAUAAGGUUUAUGAGAAAAGUAGUGGAGGUGAUGUGAGGAGAGUUCAUGAAAGGGAUGAUAGAGGAAAUAGUCAAGAUGGGACGAUGGACAUUUAUAAUCCAUUUCCUGGACGUGAAGCUCUGUUGAAGAAGGUGCUCAACCAUAAAAGAUCCUUGUAAUUCUUCCUUCUUCUUUUUUUUGUUUAUUUUAUAUAUAUAUGAUUUAUUGAUUUAAGCACAACAUUAUGAUUAAGGAAGAGGAAGCAAU